UGUUUUGGAGAUGGGUCAUUCUGCAGCAGUUUGGAACCAGAGAGAUGCGGUUGAAGUUACAAAGGACUGGAAUGGAAUCGAUCAGGUUGUCCUCCGUUCCCCAAGAGGAGCUUAUGCUCGGGUUAGUUUGCUUGGAGGGCAGGUUGUUUCAUGGAGGAAUGAUCGUGGGGAGGAGCUCCUGUUCACUAGUAGUAAGGCCAUUUUUAAGCCACCAAAAGCAAUGCGAGGGGGCAUCCCUAUUUGUUUCCCACAGUUUGGAAACUGUGGAUCAUUAGAGCAGCAGGGAUUUGCAAGAAACAAAAUUUGGACUAUUGAUGAUAAUCCUCCACCUCUGCGCCCCAGUGAUUCCAAGGGCAAAUCUUUAGUUGACUUGCUACUCAAACCAUCUGAAGAAGAUCUGAAAUUCUGGCCUCACAGCUUCGAGUUUCGCCUUAGGGUGUCUCUCACAGUGGAUGGAGAUCUCACCAUGAUAUCACGAAUUAGGAACAUCGAUGGAAAGCCAUUCAGCUUCCCAUUUGCUUAUCACACAUACUUCUCCGUUUCUGACAUCAGUGAGGUGAGGAUAGAAGGUUUGGAAACACUGGACUAUCUGGACAACCUUUGCCAAAGAGAACGCUUUACAGAACAAGGAGAUGCAAUCACCUUCGAAUCUGAGGUGGAUCGGGUUUAUCUCAGUUCUCCUAAUUUAAUAGCAGUCCUCGACCAUGAAAAGAAGCAGACAUUUGUUAUAAGGAAGGAAGGACUUCCAGACGUAGUGGUUUGGAAUCCAUGGGAGAAGAAGUCCAAAGCCAUGGUAGAUUUUGGAGAUGAGGAGUACAAACAAAUGCUUUGUGUUGAUGGUGCAGUAAUUGAGAAACCGAUCACCUUGAAGCCCGGUGAGGAAUGGACAGGGCGAUUAGAGCUCUCUGUCGUGCCAUCAAGUUAUUGCAGUGAGCACCUUGAUCAUCCCCCUCAAAGGAGCUUGUGAAGGUUGAAUGGGCUUGUUCUAAUAACAAUAGCUGUUGGUGUUUGCUAUGACAUCCCAUCUCACUUAGAAGUCAUAUAUGUAACAUGGAC